AUGAUGAAAACAGGAGGAAGCUAUCUUCUUAAAAUGGCAGAAAUGGAUUUGAAAACAGCCACAUCCACGAUGGAAGCUUUGGUUCGCAUCAGUGUAAGUAUACCACAUGUCUGUUUGCAUGUCUUUUGCUGUCGAUACGUUUAUUUAAGAUACGAUUUAUUUCAAUAUGUGGAGAAAUAACGACCACAGUCUGUAUUUUUAAAAUGGAGAACCACGUUUACGGCACGUCUCCACCAUUUCUGUCGCCUUCAACCGGGCCUUCUCCUAUUUGUAAUGCUGCCAGAUUAAAAGGUGUAAUAUCAAAAUGUAAUGCCUGUAGUCUUAAUUUUUAAAAUAUCGGCUCCUUGUAGAGCAUCAAUGGCCGUUUGGUUAUUUUGCUUCGAUAUUGCUGGUGAUGCUCGGAUGUCUCGGUGCAACAGCUCAUGUUCAGUCUGAGAAGUGUAGACGCGCUCUUUCUCCAAUGACAGAUGAGUUUCUUUUUUUACAUCUUCUAAUGACAAAUCAGUUUGUGAUCACACUGAAAUGGCACGCUUCUUUUUUGGGGGGCUCACUGGAUGCUGGUUUCCAUGGAGACGAGAUGCAGGAAUGGGCUGCUGCAGAGGCACGGGAAGAAAAAAAUAGAGUGCAUGUGUGUGCGUGUGGUACUGCUGGCUGUAGAAUCGGCUGCUGAAGGGUUAAAAUGAUAUUUGCAGAGGUGCUUACUAAGGACCAUUGCAGACUGACUCGUGCUCAGGUUAUUGCACUUGCACGCGCCUUCUAGGAUUCGCAUCUUCACACCACAGCCUCACACGCAGACCCCAUCUUACCGGCGUGAGGGUCUCUUUGCUCGCGAUGGAAAAAUUGCCCGAAGCCCCUCCCCUCUUCUCGAGAGCCUCUUGAUGCAGGAAAUAUAGCUCCACGUAGCCUGCUGCUGCUGCUGCUGCUGCCAUGGCGCCUAGAUUCCAGGUGAAGGUAAGGAUGCGCUGUCGCAUCGCUUGUUUUACGCCUUCACCACGCCGGGCACAGUAUAAGCAGUGCGCAUAAUCCAUGAGAAAUGGUUACAUUAGGGCUACUUUUCAUUGUGGUGAAUACAGUCUGCUGGUAACCUCAGAUUACAAAGGGCUAUAUUGCUGCACGAGGAGAGGAAGGCAGGCCAUUGCAGGAGUUGACAUUGGGGAAUGACAGAGAGAGGGGGACAGGGGGAGAAAGUAGGUUAUAUGAAGUAAUCCAAUUAUUUUAGUAUUAUGCUCCAAUCUGGGUCUGGUUAAUUUUUCCUCCAGCAGCCUCUCUCUGUCCCUUUUGGGCGGCAUGCCUGUGGCUGUGCCACAUUGUCUGACUGGAUAUGAUAUCAUCCAGCUAUUUAGCACUAUGUGAAUUCUUAGGCCUAUGAAAAUCAAGUAUAGAUGCAGGAAUCCAAUGUAUCUGAUCACAUAAGACACAUGCAGAUUCAGUGACUUAGAUGCUCUUUGUAUUGUGCUGUGAUAAACUGCCCUGUUGCUGCAUCUCAGCAUAUCACAGUGACAAAAAUCCCAAAAGCCCUGAUGCAGCAUGGCCUGUCAGUUAGUCUGGUCCGUCUGUUUGUUUCAAGUUGACUCAUGGUGUCAGUGAUGUGGACACACUGCUGCUGAAACAGGUUGAGAUUGUGAGUCAAGGGCAUCCACGAAACAAAAAGAAAUCCUGACCAGCUGAUGUGCUGCACUCAUACAGGGUGGUGCAGGGAAAAGGAAGGAGAGACAGGUCUCUUCAAACAUGUCAUAAUUAAAGCGGCGUGGUGGACUGACUGCAGACGUGAAGUCACAGGUUUGUGCAACAGCCUGUGUGUCCUUUCAUGUCAAAUCUAUGACCUUGAGGAGGACUGAGCGUGCUAUCUGCUCCAGAGGGGCAGCUUACAUAGCCUGAAGGUACUAGAAAGAUUUACUUUUGCACUGCCUUAAAUACAAAGAAACAAAUCAGUAAUGGGUGAUAAAACUCAUUAUGAUCCACGAAAAACAAAUAUAACAACCUAAACAGUCUGGUUUGCACCUUUCCUCAGUAUCCUAUGUCCUCUUCCCUCCUACAUCAUGGCCUAGCAGGUCCUCAUGUAUACCUACUGCACAUGUUUAGGGAUGACUGCAAAAUAUAACUAAGUGUAACAAACUUGCCAACAGCCUGUAUGCACAUGAAGAGCUGCACCAUGAGACAUGCACUCUAUGCAGUGGUUAAAUAAUUUAUGUCUGCUCCAUAUCCAUAUUUAAUAAGAAUGAUGGCCUAAGUCGUGUGUCCGGCAGACUUCCCCUCUUAAAGACUGAAGCUCUAAUGUCUUUUUAAUGUGCCCACGGUAUACGUCAAAAACUGCUCAGUAGAGAAAAUGUACUACUUAGGAUGUUCAUUUUGAUUUACAAUUUAUACUCUGAGUAAAUAGUUUCAGAUUCGAAUCAAAAUGUUGCAAAUUUUGUCUUAAUUUAAAGCUAAAAAACAAGGAUAGUACUGGAACAUUCCUGGAAGUUCUAAAACGCUGUUUUUGUUUUGGUAUGAGAAGAUUAAAGUCAAAAUCUUUCUCUCUGACAGUCUAACAUGAAGAGCCUGGAGCGUGAGCUGCACUGUCCCGUGUGUAAGGACAUCGUCAAACAGCCUGUGGUCCUGCCAUGCCUGCACAGUGUCUGCCUCCUGUGUGCCUCCGAGGUUUUGGUUGCAAACGGUUACCCGCCUCCAGAGCUUCCCCCCGAGCCAAACUCCCCAGCCUCCACGCCCAAUAUGCGCUCACCCCGUCAGGCCCGCAGGCCAACACCUAAACACGAGCAGAGACCUAUUGACCGUGUGCUGCGGGCAGGUAUGAAGCAUCAUUUCAUAAAAAGCUCAUGCCCUGGAUGGAUUAAACCUUUUUCUAAGGCUUACCAGAGCCGUCUUUAGUUGAAUUCUUGAUUUAACAUGAUAGGUUUAUAGUUUUUCUUUAAGCAAACAGUUCCUAUCCUCUGCUCAUCUCUCUUCUUGGUUUAAGGUCCCCACCCGCCUUCCCCGUCCAUGCCCCGGUCUCCAGGAUAUGGGUCGUAUCCAGGGCGACGCCGCAAGGAAGGCCCACCUCUGGUGAUGUUGUUCCCCUGUGUCCCCUGCGGCAGAGAUGUGGAGCUGGGCGAGAAGGGCCUGACUGACUGUCUGCGCAACCUCACUUUAGAGCGUAUAGUGGAGAGGUAAGUGCGGCACAUACUCACACAUGAACAAACGCUCGACCAAAUGAAAUAAACCAUGCAGAGGUAGGUGCAAAUUCAAUUACACACAGUGAUACUGCCCUUCAGUGUUUAGUCGACUCUGACCUGAAAAACAGAAGGUGUGGGAACAUUUCCAGUUCAGAUGGUAAUUAUUCAGCAGCAGCUGAGCUGUUGAAGAAUCCUGCAGAGCGUGCACUGACACUGUAGCUGUCAUGGCUGACUGUGUGCUUGGUAUAGUAGCUACUUAAUCACCAAUUCAACACUUCUAAAUCUCCUAGUCUGAUCCUUUUGGGUUUCACUACAUUUUCUCUGGUGUUGGAAUGAAUUUGUCUUGUGUAGAAUCAAUCUUGAAGAAUAAUAUAGACGGGUUUCUUGUGUACAAACAAUACUAGGUGCGUGCGCAACCAUGGGGCAAAAGUCUGCUUCAGGGUGAACUGAUAUCAAUGAAGAUGCUGUAUUGUUGGCAAGUUCUCCCUGACACAAUUGCAAAAAAAUGUCAUUUCACAGAAAAAUCACUUUGUCUUUCAUUGCAUCAAAAUCAGAAAAACACUUGCUGAAAUAUCCAUGAAUUUGUUUCUAGUAUCAGGAGCAGGGUCGUAAUGUUUGCCGAUUGUUUGCUUUGCCGAUUCCUGCAGUUGACAGCACAACAGCUCCUUGUCAUUUUCUUUCUCCGUUAGUAAACAAAUAAGAAAUGUCCCGCUUUCUGCCCCAUGGCUGUGCGCGCAUACCUGCGAUGACGUUGCACAGAAACCCGUCUAUAUUUAGUCGGUAACUGUUGGCAGAUCUCUUUCGGUUGUUUUAUCAAUGACCAACAUUUUCUUUCUGUUUCUCUGUCCUCGGUGUUCUCCCUCCACACCUCCCACAGGUACAGGCACACAGUGAGCCUGGGCAGUGUGGCUGUCAUGUGUCAGUUCUGUAAGCCUCCUCAGGCUCUGGAGGCCACCAAAGGCUGCGCUGACUGCAGAUCCAAUUUCUGUAAUGAGUGUUUUAAGCUGUAUCACCCCUGGGGGACGCCACGGGCACAACAUGAACAUAUCCUGCCCACACUCAACUUCAGACCAAAGGUGAGACACUGGGACACAAAUACUCAAUUUAUAGAAUUAAAGCUCAUGUAAGGAGUUUUUUGGCAUUCAUGAAAGUGACUGUAAUUCAUCUGAAUGCCCUCUAAAUGACAGGUUGAGGUCAUUUGUCUUUAGCUGUAAAAGCUCUUGUCUCUUGUCCUCAGGUUCUGACUUGUCCAGAGCAUGACCAGGAAAAACUUCAGUUCUACUGUCGGACGUGUCAGCGCCUCCUCUGUCCUCUCUGCAAACUACGGCGCCUCCACACCGGACACAAAAUCCUGCCUGUGGCUCAGGCGUACCAGGCCCUGAAGGUAGUACUCAGAAUCUGACACAGUCCGGAUUGGAUUUCUUUAAAUGUCCAACACAAUGGACAGUUUUAAUUCACAGGGUACUCUAGAAAACGGACUCUCACUUUAAAUAUCUGCAACGUGGAGAAGAAAUUAAGACUUAAUUUAGAUUUUAAGGUGAUACCCUGAUCUAUGCAUGUUUGUCAUUGCUGCUUUUACAUUAUCUUUAUAACAUGAGAUUCAGUCAUCGGUAUACAUGCUUGUUGUUUAAUUAUUGUGACUUUGCUUUAUAGUUUCAUAUACCACACAGAAGCUGUCACAUAAAUAAGUGCAUAUUUCCAAAUAUCAAAGAGUGUCUUUUAAUAUCCGAGAAAACAGAUCGGGCUCUGUGUGAUAGUUGAGCUCUUCUUUGUGUGGCUUGUUUGUUGAAUGUUGUGUGUUUUUUCCUGAUGUGUUUGACAGGAGAAGAUUACAAAGGAGAUGAACUACAUUCUGUCCAACCAGGAUACAGUUCUGGGUCAGAUUACCCAGCUGGAGAGCUCCAUCACACAGACUGAGGUGAUUAAAACUUCGGGCCGACAAAAUGGAAAUAACACCAACUGGCAGCUUAACACUUUAAAAAAAAACUGAUGGAGAUUAUUGUUGGUUUAUUUGUACAAGAAUCUAUUAAAAAGAGCGAGCUUCUGUUUGACCAGACUUUGAAAAUUCCAUAAGAAGUUCAUUUAUACGAAGAGUUUGUUUAAAAAUUACUUAACGCAGUGUAACACAGCUGUUACCAUUGCUAAUGAUAGAUUAAUUUUACACGAAACAACUUAUACGAUAUGUUUUUAAAUCUUUCAUUCUUUUGUAUAAUAAUUAAUCCUCCUUUUGAAUAGUUUAUAAAGGAUUCAGGGCUUAUUAAGACUUAAGCUGGAGCUUUAGGUCACAGCUCAUGGUUUCAUUAGCUAGUUGUGUUUGCACAGUUGCCCUGGGGAAGUAUACAUAAAUAAUACCAAAUUCAUGUAACACAUACUUGAUAAAAAUUAGUGGCUGUUAAUACCAAAAUUUAGAGCUAGUUUUAGUAUAGUAUAAAUAUAGUGUAAUUCUAGAGAAAGAGGUAUAGUUGCAUUUGUAUAUAGUUGUAAAAAAUGCUAGUUUAUUUUAUUUUUUCGUUUACAAGUUGACAAGACAAAAACAAAUAUUUUUUUUAGACCACAAGAGAUUUAAUUAAAAACUAGCAGCACAUUAGUAUUAGUUUCUCAAUUUUUUAAAUAUUUCUCCCUUAUUUAUUGUCUUUUUAAAAUCUUUUUGUGUAUUUUGAACACUUCUCUGUCACAGUAAAUUACUCUCAACAACAGGCCUUUUGUAUCCCUGUAAAUUAAAGAUGUUGUCAGUUUGUACACCUGUGUGUUUCUAAACGCUGAAACCUGUCUCUGCUGUUUCUGUGUGUUAUCCUCACCAGGUAAAUAGUGUAUCAGCCCGAGAGCAGCUGGCUCAGAGCAUCAGAGAUCUGACGGCUGCUCUGGCUGAGCGCCACGCUUCGCUCACCCAGGCUCUAGAGGCAGCGCGGCAGAAACGAGGCGAGGCGCUGGCCGCCCAAGUGGCAGAGCGGCGGGGCUUGAUGGAACACGCGGGGCUCAUGGCGUUCACCCAGGAGCUGCUGAAGGAAACAGACCAGCCCUGUUUUGUACAGGCUGCUCGCCAGACUCAUAACAGGUCUACUGUUUGUUUUUCUCCUCAUUGCUCUCUGCCGUGAUUGAACAGACCUCAGGUUCUGUUUGCGUUUGCUGUAAUUUACAAUAAAAGCAGGUAUGCUAUCGUAAUUAAAUCUAAAGAAUAUUAAAGCUCCUGUGAGGAACUUUAAAUUGCGCCAUUUUUGUCUACAAUCACCACUGCAGCAUAUUUGUUCCCAAUGUGGACAUACAGCAUGACGCCAGCCUUAUCUGUUAAGAUGUCUGACACCUCUCCCUCCAUCGAUCUGUCUCACCCUCCCACAAUGUCAGUGGGAGUAGAAAAAGUACACAGUGGUCUCCUUCUAACAGUGCUCUGUCUGUUUUUACUUCCACAGGUUGAGCAAAGCCAUUGAUAAUCUGCAGCAUUUCACUCUGGCUGCUGAUCCGUCCUUCAGACACUUCCAGCUGGACGUCUCCAAAGAACUCAAACUUCUGACAGAUUUGAACUUCAUCCAGGGUGAGGAGGAGGAGGGAAGGAAUGGAAAGAAUGGGGAUGAUAACAUGAGGGAGCAUUAAAAGAGAAGUUGAAAGGAGAAGAAAGAGAGGAGGACAGAUGUGUUUGAUGGUUUUCAUAUCUCCUUUGAACCUUGACUAUUUAUGUAAACAGAGACACAGUGAAGUCAAACCCUGCUUUAUCAUCAACUGUGCUCCAAAUAAGACCAUAGUUUUCAAAAUGAGAGAUUUAAAGCCUGAAAUGAUCAGAAAAGUUUCACUAAGAUAUAAAUCCACUGUCAAUCCCUGUAACUGCUGUAAUGCCCCCUGCUGGCCAUAAAAAAGCAUGCAGGUCUUACCCUUGCAAUCCAAAAACCAUGUAAACUACGAUUUCAGAAUCACAGUAGUCAAGAAAAAUGACACAAGAUUUGUGUUUAAACUUUAAACUUGAUUUGACUGAAGAAUGUAAACUUUACUCUGAACCAUCCCAGCUCCCCAGGCUCCUGUGAUUGACACACAGCGUACCCUGGCCUACGACCAGCUCUUCCUGUGCUGGCGCCUCCCCCCAGAAUCCGCCCCAGCCUGGCACUUCUCUGUCGAGUAUCGCCGCCGAGGUGUGGUACCAGGAGGAGCAUCGAGAGGCGGGAUCAGAGGAGGAUUGUCCGCCGCCCGUUGGGGCUGGCAGCGACUGGAUGAAGUGAGUGGGAGCAGCGCAGUGAUCGACAGGCUGGAGAUGGACAGCGUGUACGUGCUGCGGGUGAGAGGCUGCAACAAGGCGGGCUACGGGGAGUACAGCGAGGAGGUGUACCUGCACACCCCGCCCGCUCCAGGUGAGAAACACAGAGGUGUGGGUCACUCCUGAUGGACAAGUACAGACUUUGGAAGAAUUCACCAGAACAACAGAGGUGAAUUAUAAUGUCAAAGGCGUUGGUUAUUAACUGUUCAAGUAGGUCUUUAGUUCACUUUUGCACACUUACUGGUGUGUGAGACAACACAGGCACCACUCAGGGUUAUAAAGAAAAUCAUAUAUACAUAUAUACAAGAAAUAGCCAACUAUGCACACAGGCCUUUCCAAUCCCACUGUUUUAGGCAAGCACAAGAAAGUGAGGCAUGUUUUUAGUGGGACAUAAAGGUAUUUAGAUAAGAUAGAAGAGAAAAGAAGAAAAAUGUAGGACGACUCUUACAAACAGGAUCAUGACGAGAAAUAACUAAUUAGAUUCUGUGUAAUGAAAAUGUGUCAGAGUCUGGAUCUUUUUGGCGUAAUCUGGGGCUGAAGAAAGACUGUUUUUGAAGUUAAGAGCUCUCAUUUAAAUCAAACAAUAUCAUUGUUUUAAAACCAAACCAAGACUCAACACUUGAUAAUUUCCAGAUCCUGAUAAUUAGCUUUUAACUCAGAUUCUUGUUGUGCUACUUCAAUCAGCGACAGUGUUAUUAGAGUUAUUAAAAAUCUCAUGUUAGUGACACAACACUCUGCUAACCAUCAUCUUCUCACACCUACUUUUUUUUCUGACACAUUAAAGCAUAAGGAUGUUGUCAUGGUCUGCUCUUAAUAAUUCAUUCUUUUGUUUCCUUUCUCAUCUUCCUUUUUUCCAUUUUUUUUUCACCUCUUCCACUUCUAACUCAUCUUCACUUUUCCUCCUCUCAAUUCUGCAUCUUCCUCUCACGGUUUAUUUCCAUUUCACAGCUUUGUACAUAUCAUCCUCUUCUGCGCUACCUCAACGCCGCCAACCUACAUGCCUCCCACAGAACGUAAGAAGUGCAUUCACAUCUCCUGACCACCUCUUUGGGCCUCCAUAGCACAUGAUAAUCUCUUCUCUUUUCUUCGUGGUCAUCCCAUGCAUCCCAUCUAUACACCCAUGACCCCUCUGUCUUUAACGAGAUCUGUCCGAGUGCUGAUGAGGUUUGCAGUUUGUUAAGACGCCGGGCUUAACAACAUGGAUCGCACCCAGAUCCAGGGCUUUAAACUGGUGGAGUUCAGUGAUUGGUUGAGUCCUUGUGUUCCUGUAGGCUGUUUUUUUCCCUCUGCUGUUGCGUAUGUUCUCCCUGUAAAAUGUACUUCCUUUGGAAAAAAUCUGCACUCCCCACAGACAGAGCUUUCUUUGUGAUACCUUCUGUAUUUUUAUCCCUGAGUCAUCAGUUUAUGGAUCAGUGUCCCUUAUUUCAUGCCAGUGCUGGUGGGAGGAGGUGCAUGCCUGCUCUCUAUUCCCCAUAGUCUCUCCUCUCUAUUUGUAUUCUCCUCGUUUCUCUUGUCCUAGCUGCCUCCUGACUGUAAUUCUGCUGCCUCCCAAACUUCUCCUUUUGCUUCUAUAAAGCUCCUUAUGUCUCUUUUGAAUGCACCAGUCUCUCUGUCUUCCCUCACAUCUUCCUCUCUUCCUUCCCUCUCCUCCUUUCCUCCUCUCCUCACAGUGCUUAACUUCUACCUGGACUCUCGCUGGGGUCUCCAUGCCGACCGGCUGGUGGUCAGUAAAGAGCAGCGCUGUGCUCGCAGCGUCCCUGGUCUCUCCCUGCUUCAGGCUGCUGACCACGCCCUCACGUCUUGUCACCUGACCUCAGAUCUCCUUGUGGGGGAUGUUGCUAUCACACAGGGAAGACACUACUGGGCAUGCUCAGUGGAACCAGGGUCUUACCUUGUGAAAGUAAGAAAAUUCUAUUGCACAAGUUUUACUUACUGAAUUAUACAAAAUGGGAUAUUUUCAGAUUGUUAGCUCUUGAAUUAAACUCUGAAAAGUAUGAUUUCUCAAGAGAUAGACUGAGCAAAAUAUAAAUGCAGAAUCAGGGAACUGAUUCACUGGAUUCCAGUGACGCGUCAUGAAGCCUAAUGAUGGUGGCUGACAUAUUUAUCUCCACCUAGCUUUCAAUUAUUUUGAAACCUGCAAAGAGGUGGAGCUCAGGCGGGCUGUAAGCCUCCUGGCACUCAGCUACAGAGAGCCCCCCUGCCAACCAACUGAGCCGAAUCUCUAAAUAUGCAAAGUUUUGUAAAACUAUUGGCCUUAAUAUAAGAAAAAAAGUUGAGUUAUUUUGAAAAAUCACCUCUCUCCAGUUUUAACCACCAAAGAAAUGAGCAAUCGAAAUCAAAACAACUUUUUGCACAAGGCUGCAAAUAUGCAACUAGCUGAUGGUUGAGUUUGGUCAUACUUGCUGGUAGACAUAAGAAAAACAACCAUCCUGCAAUUAUAUUUUAAAUAGAGAUGUUAGGGAAUCAUGAAAAGGAGUUGGAAAAAAAUGAACUUAAAUCCUAAGAAAAAGCAGCUUUGUUUGGAAAGUCUGGUUAAUGUCCCAAAUCUAGAAAGUGCAUGUCUAAUCACGAGUAUAGCUUCAUUUUGCAUGUGCGAUUACAAAGACUGCAGUGCUUUAAGUGUCCUCUUGAGGCAGGCUUCAAACUCACAGGAAGUUCCAUCGACACCCACAUAAAGAUGCCCGUCAUGAGGGCAAAAAUAAACAUGUUUACAUCCAAGUACACAGAUGGUUCUGGUUUGAACAGCUCUUUACUCGACUCAUACAGACUGACACUCUAUGGCUGUUAACUGGGAGGCUAAAGGUUGAGUGAGGUUGAGUCAGUGUCUGAUGGAGAGGCUCCAUCACUCAGAGACCUUUAGAGACCAAUGUGUGACAAAACUAAGACUAAGUCCAUGUUUUAUAUGGUCUGUGGUCUCCCCCAUAUUGAUUUAGGCGGUAAAGAACAGACUUGACCAUUUCAUACUAAUGCCUGUUGUCUAUGGUUUCGCUCAAAUCCAAUGUAACUGAGAGAAGAGAGCACUAAACCAGUUACUGAUGUGAAGAUUUUCAAUGAGUGAAUUACUUGUUUUCUCUUUUUUAAGGUUGGGGUUGGUUUGGAAUCAAAACUGCAGGAGUGGUUUCACCUUCCACAAGAUAUGGCAAGUCCGCGGUGAGUAGCUGGGAGAUUAAUUUGCUACUGUUGCACGUAAUCAGUGGUGGGAAAUCGCAUGUUUUUUUUUUCAUUUUGUGUGAAAAUAGGUUGAUGACUCAUAAUGUUUUCGUCCCUAUUUUUCAAACUGUGCCCUCUCUCCAGCUACGACCCCGACAGCGGCCAUGACAGUGGAGCAGAGGACGCUCUGGACUCAGCUCCUCCCUUCUGCUUCCUAACUAUGGGAAUGGGAAAGAUCUACCUGCCACAGCACAGCAACCACCACCACAACAACAACAACCACGGCAACGGUCCCCGUGACCCCAUCAGCAAUGGCCCCUCUUCGCCGACAGGUGUCACCUACCCGCUGCCACCGCGGCUUGGCGUGUGCCUGGACUUUGAGAAAGGUCGAGUCACCUUUUAUGAUGCCCACUCCCUGCGACCUUUGUGGGAGGGUCACGUGGAUUGCUCUGGUCCCGUGUGCCCGGCUUUCUGUUUCAUUGGUGGAGGGGCGCUGCAACUGCAGGAGCUGGUAGCCAAUCGUAAUGCAGACCAGACCCCAGUAAGGCGGGUGACCAUCCAACCACGUGUCUCUAAUUUGAAUAACAACUGA